AUGAUGUUAUUAAAGCUUAGUAUCCUCAUACCAUUUUGGGGAUUAGCUGGCUUGAUUGACCAUAGAGCAGCACCAGGAAAUGUCCUACUCUCCUCUGCAGUUGGCGCCCAGAGGCAAGCACUACAAGAUGCGAAUAAUUCAUUGAUGUCUACGAGAAACUACCUAAUCCAAACGAAGAAAGAAGAAGCGGAUUACGUGAACGAAAGAAACCAGCUGGAUGUGCUUACGGAACAGCUUCAAAACUUGACAUCCGCUAUUGCUAUGACCGCAGGCAACAUCAAUGACAUGGUUAAGGCUACCGGACAGUUGAAGGAAAACGCCAUUCGCAUGGUGCAACUGGGGAACAAAAUGUACAACGACGCAACUAUUGCGUCAGGAGAUGCGUUCUUCCGGGAUGAAUUUGUUAACCCAAUACUGGACCUCUGCUCUUUGGUAGUGAUCGAGUUCAAUGCCGCGCCUAAGAUUGAGACGAUCCUUGACGAGUUGAAACAGGCCUACGGUAACGCCCCUAUUCCCCAACCUAUCAAUCAGAAAUUCGAGGACAUUAGGGCACGCAUCAAGCGGUUUCUUCCCAAACAACUGCCCUCUCUAUAG